AGGAGAAGAAGAACUAAAGACGUUGUUAUUCAUCUCUACAUGUAGCUGUUUCUACAUGCAGUUUUACACAGACUCUUAAAUCUGAUCGAGUUAAAGUAAUAACAGCAUUUGGAGAGGAUAAACUCACUGAUCCUGAGAAAUGAAGAAGAGCAAAAGACGUAUAAUUUGUACUAUGACCAGUCAAGAAGAAUCUCAGACAAACCUAUACCCCUGCCUAGUGUGUGGAAAGAGUUUUAGUCAAGAGAAAGAUCUCACAGCACACCAGCGCAUCCACAGACAAGACAAACCGCAUCAGUGCUCACAGUGUGGAAAGAGUUUCAUUUAUAAAUGUCGUCUGCAACAACAUCAGCGCACUCAUACAGGAGAGAAGCCGCAUCAGUGCUCACAGUGUGGAAAGAGUUUUAUUCAUAAAUGUCAUCUGCAACAACAUCAGCGCACUCAUACAGGAGAGAAGCCGUAUCAGUGCUCACAGUGUGAAAAGGGUUUUGCUAACAUGAGCAAUUUGAAAGUACACCAGCAAAUUCAUACAGGAGAGAAGCCGUAUCAGUGCUCACAGUGUGGAAAGGGUUUCAUUUAUAAAUGUCAUCUGCAACAGCAUCAGCGCACUCAUUCAGGAGAGAAGCCGUAUCAGUGCUCACAGUGUGAAAAGGGUUUUGCUAACAUGAGAAAUUUGAAAGCACACCAGCACAUUCAUACAGGAGAAAAGCCGUAUCAGUGCUCACAGUGUGGAAAGGGUUUCAUUUAUAAAUGUCAUCUGCAACAACAUCAGCACACUCAUAAAGAAGAAAAGCCGUAUCAGUGCUCACAGUGUGGAAAGUGUUUUGCUAUUAUGAGAAAUUUGAAAGUACAUCAGCGCAUCCAUACAGGAGUGAAGCCGUAUCACUGCUCACAGUGUGGAAAGUGUUUUGCUAAUAUGAGAAAUUUGAAAGUACAUCAGCACAUCCAUGCUGGUGAAAAGCCAUAUCCAUGCUCACAGUCUGGAAAGAGUUUCGGUGACGGUAGUCAUUUCGAACGUCACCAACACAUUCACAAAGGGGAGAUGCUGUAUCAGUGCUCACAGUGUGGAAAAGGUUUUAAGUUAAAGCGUUAUCUCCGUGGACACCAGCGCAUUCACACUGGAGAAAAACCGUACAACUGUUCACUGUGUGGGAAGAGUUUUAAUCACAAAGGGUCUCUCCGUGUUCACCAGCGCAUUCACACUGGAGACAAACCGUAUCACUGUUCAUUGUGUGGGAAGAGUUUUAUUUACAAAGGUUCUCUCCGGGUUCACGAGCGCAUUCACACUGGAGACAAACCGUACCACUGUUCACAGUGUGGGAAAAGUUUUAUUGAUAAAGGUUCUCUCCGGGUUCACGAGCGCAUUCACACUGGAGACAAACUGUACCACUGUUCACAGUGUGGGAAGACUUUUACUCACAAGGGUUCUCUCCGGGUUCACCAGCGUGUUCACACUGGAGAGAAGCCAUAUUACUGCUCAGAGUGUGGGAAGAGUUUUAGUCUUUUGAGCAAUGUCCAACAACACCAGCGCAUUCACACUGGAGAGAAGCCGUAUCACUGCUCCGUGUGUGGAAAAAAAUUUACCCAAAAGAGUCAUUUUCAACUGCACCAACGCAUUCACAAAGUGGAGAUGUUGUAUCAGUGCUCACAGUGUGGAAAAGGUUUUAAGUUAAAGCGUUAUCUCCGUGAACACCAGCACAUUCACACUGGAGACAAACCGUACCACUGUUCACUGUGUGGGAAGAGUUUUAUUUACAAAGGUUCUCUCCGGGUUCACCAGCGCAUUCACACUGGAGACAAACCGUACCACUGUUCACUGUGUGGAAAGAGUUUUAAUCGCAAAGGUUCCCUCCGGGUUCACCAGCGCAUUCACACUGGAAACAAACCGUACCACUGUUUACAGUGUGGGAGGAGUUUUAUUUACAAAGGUUCUCUCCGGGUUCACCAGCGCAUUCACACUGGAGAUAAACCGUACCACUGUUCACAGUGUGGGAAGAGUUUUAUUGACAAAUGUUCUCUCCGGGUUCACGAGCGCAUUCACCCCGGAGACAAACUGUACCACUGUUCACAGUGUGGGAAGACUUUUAAUCACAAGGGUUCUCUCCAGGUUCAUGAGCGUAUUCACACUGGGGAGAAGCCAUAUUACUGCUCAGAGUGUGGAAAGAGUUUUAGUCGUUUGAGCAAUAUCCAACAACACCAGCGCAUUCACACUGGAGAUAAGCCGUAUCACUGCUCCGUGUGUGGAAAAAAUUUUACUCAAAACGGCUCUUUAAAAAACCAUCUACGCACACAUGCUGAAGGAAGCGGAAAACAAGUUACUCUCAAGGUGCAUGCCCCUGAGGGACUUCUUUAGGGCCACAACUUGUUGUGGACAUCACUGCAUUUAUUUAGUAUCUAAUACAAUGGUGGACUAAGAUUUGAAGAACGUGAAUGAAUUAAAUAUGUUCAAUUUAAUUAUUUUAAUGUUGUCUGCUCUGUCCUCCUUCAGUUCAGGGGUUGAAACACCUGGAACAAUUGGAACUGUGGCUGCUUCCUGUUUGUCCUUGCUCUGUGACUCCAAUAAACAUGACAAUACAUA